AGCUGAUGCCCCGGAGCGCGUCGCGUCGGGCGGCAGGGCAGCGCUGCUCCCUCCCCCUGGAGGAGGGCCGAUCCCCCGCACUCGAGCUGCUCUGACUGCCUCUCUCACACUCACAAUGCUGGAGCUCUCCAAACACGCACAUGCAAAUCCAUGCAGGCGUUCAGUUUGGGAGAAAAUACUGGCGAGAAAAUAACUCGAGAGCGCGAUUAGCAGUAGUCGAGGUUGUUCACACUUCUAGCGUGUUUAUCGGCUAAGAGUUGACUAAAGGUGACUUUGAGUUGGUUGUUGUUGCUGAAGAAGUGUCUGGACUGGAGCGAGUGAACGAGCCACUGAUCCCGAACCCGCUGUUAUGAACUCUUUACACUAAAGUAAUGGUCCUGGUCUGCUGAUCCAAACUAUCCAAAUCUCCAGUGUUAGUUCUCAACCUUCGAAACCACAGCAUCAACAGGGCCCCUGCGUUCCCAGAAUCUGAGCUCCACGCGACCCAAACCGACUCGGUUACUCUGAAAAGGCUCUGGAAACUUGAGAACGAAAAACCGGAAGGCAAUUCAUAAGGCAAAAUAGAUUUUCCAUUCCUCCGGCCUUCCGCAUCCAUAACCAGACGGAGAGCUGAAGUUAGACGGUCUGUUGAUUUUGAUGACGCGAUUGUUGGAGAAAUACGGAUAUCUGGUUGCUUGUGGUUCUCUCAGACAUCCGGCUGUCAACUACCCGGAGUGAAGUAAGCACUACCGAAAGAGAGGAUUCUAGGAUAGGUUCAUGCCGCGGUUGCGCCGCUGUAUGGAGGUGUAAGGGAGGAGCGGGACUCUUGUGGGACGCUGGUGGAGUUCUGGCUGGUGGGGAUCAUGGGAAAAGAGCAGGAUCUUCUGCAAGCGGUCAAGAAUGGAGAUCUAGCUACUACACAGAAACUGCUGGCCAAGGUUAAAGCCAGCAAAAGCAAGUUACUGGGCUCCACCAAGAGGCUGAACAUCAACUAUCAGGAUCCAGACGGGUUUUCAGCGUUGCAUCAUGCUGCUCUCACGGGCACUACAGAGUUGCUCUCCCUGCUGUUGGAGGCUCAGGCUGUUGUGGACAUCAAGGAUAGCAACGGGAUGCGGCCGCUGCAUUACGCAGCAUGGCAGGGUAAAGCUGACUCGGUGCUCAUGCUCCUGAGGUCAGGGGCUGCGGUCAACAGCGCGUCUCACGACGGGCAGAUCCCACUGCACCUGGCCGCUCAGUACGGACACUAUGAGGUGUCUGAGAUGUUGUUGCAGCACCAGUCGAACCCGUGCGUGCUAAACAAGGCUAAGAAGACUCCUCUGGAUCUGGCCUGCGAGUUUGGCCGGGUGAAGGUGGCCCAGCUGUUGUUGAGCAGUAAUAUGGUUGCGUCUCUAUUAGAGGGGGAUCGGAAAGACGCUUCGGACUCGAACUGUAACACUCCUCUACAUCUCGCCGCACGCAACGGACACAAGGAUGUCAUCUGGCUUCUCCUGAAAGCGGGCAUUGACAUCAACAGAACCACUAAAGCUGGCACAGCGCUCCACGAGGCGGCCCUCUAUGGGAAGACAGAGGUAGUGCGGCUUCUCCUGGACGCCGGGAUUGAUGUAAAUAUCCGCAACACUUACAAUCAAACAUCCCUGGAUAUCGUCAACCAGUUCACGGCGUGCCACGCCAGCAAAGACAUCAAGCAGCUCUUACGAGAAGCUACCGGAGUUCUUCAGGUCCGAGCUCUGAAAGACUUCUGGAACCUACACGACCCCACGGCCCUCACCAUACGCGCCGGCGACGUCAUCACGGUGAUAGAACAGCAUGUGGACGGACGCUGGAAGGGCCACAUUCAUGACACCCAGAGAGGAACGGACCGAAUCGGCUACUUCCCCCCCUCCAUUGUGGAGGUCAUCAGCCGACGCUCAGGGGGCACCCUGUUACGACACGCCUCUCUGCCCUCCCAGAGGCAGCAGCUGCUCUCCAGGUCCGCCCUCAGUCCCAGCGUGAGUCUGAGCGGGGGCGGGACCCUUCAGACCGACGACUCCUACAGUCCGUACACCCCUAACCCACACCUGGUCCUCCCCCACACCAACGGUCUGAGCACCAACCCAGGUGGGCCUCCCGGCGGUCUGUCCCAGCACAUAAGCCCCAGCAUGGAGGACGUGUGGGUUUUGCGGAACUCCUGCGCUGCGGGGGACAGGAACAGUGUGGGCAGCACUGGCAGUGUGGGCAGCACCCGCAGUGCGGGCAGUGGCCAGAGCACAGAAAGCAACAGCGCCCCCAACGGACCCCAGCAACACCAACACGUCACCAACCCUGACACCAGCAAGGCGGCGCCCUCUGCUGUGGAUUUACUACAGCCAGACCAAAACAAACAUCCUGACGCAUCCGCAGGAGUUCCUCGCAGACCUGUGCUGCCCACACAGAGGCCAGGAGAGCAGGGUUUCUCUCAACAGUUUGUGCGUCCUCAUCAGCUGCUAGAGGGAAAGGACGCAGAGGCUAUAUAUCAGUGGCUGAGUGAGUUUCAGUUGGAGCAGUACACUACAAACUUCCUCAACGCUGGCUAUGAUGUGCCUACAAUCAGCAGAAUGACCCCAGAGGAUCUCACUGCUAUUGGUGUGACUAAACCAGGCCACCGUAAGAAGAUUUCCCUGGAGAUCGGCAACCUCAGCAUUCCAGAAUGGCUCCCAGAGUACAUACCACAGGAUCUUGGAGAGUGGCUGAGUGCCAUAGGCCUGCCUCAGUAUCAUAAGAAACUCUCGGAGAACGGCUAUGACUCGAUAAACAUUGUCCGAGAUCUCACGUGGGAAGAUUUACAGGAGAUUGGUAUCACUAAACUAGGCCAUCAGAAGAAGAUGAUGCUUGCGGUGAAGAAGUUGUGUGAUGUUCAAAAGGCUCUUCUGCAGGCAGAAUCAGGGCAUGGCACUCUGCGGCGCAAAACCCCUGCUGCCCUGGACCUGGUCACUAUCGAGCCGCCCCCUGAGAGUUUCGACCUCCCCUCACCCCACACGCCCAAGAUGAUGACUUUCCAGGACAGUGAGCUGAGCACUGAGCUACAGAGUGCCAUGUCCUCCCAGUACAGUGGCUGUCAGGAAGGACUGGCCAUCAAGAAUGCAGUAGGCAUGUCCUCCAGUCAGGAGAGCAUUGACACACGCUCUCGAGGCUCCGGCCGCUCUCAGGAGCCCCCCAGCACUCCCUCCUCCACUUCAGGAGCGACCCCUUACAGCCGGUCCCGAGAGAGUCUAUCGAGCCCAGACAGCAGUCCUGGUAAAGAGCGCAACAUUCCAGAAGGCCGUGACCAGGUCCCACGUCCUCAGCUACCACAGCAGCUGCCGUUCAGUGCUUCUGCAGGCUUUAAAUACCCAGCGGUGCCUGCCAAACCCAAACUGGGCUCUGCUCCUUCUCCGCAAGGUUCUCCUGCUCAUAAAACCCUCAAUUAUCCCCGUGUACUAUAUAACAGUGCCACGCUCGACCGUCGCUCUCCUAGCGUGGCCAAGAAGCGCACACAGAGCCUGUCCCGGUAUGCUUUGUCGGAUGGUGAACCAGAUGAAGAGGAUGAUGAUGAAGCAGCUCAGCUAGCCAGCAUAGCCAUGCCUUCAUACGCCACACUGAGCCGCAAGCUUACCCGGGGCCAGCUGGCACGUCUUCAGUCUGCCCCUGAGCAGUCUGUCGGCCGAAGCCACUCUUUCGCCAUUAGGGCUCGACGUAAAGGACCUCCUCCGCCGCCACCUAAGCGCCUUAGCUCCGUCAGCAACAGCAGCACUAGUGUCGAAACUGUCUCGGACACUCCUGCGCCAGCUUCUGGAGGAGUCGAGAGCGGCAGACCUGGGAGUGUAAAGAGCAUCACAGCUGCAUUAGAAACAGUCCUACCUGUGCCUACGGUGGAGCUCCUUCAGGAAACCACGACCACCAACGAAGAGUCCAAGCGCAGACCUCUGAGUCAGAGUGAAUCCAGCCAGGUAGCAGCCAAAGCAGAUACUGAUAGAGCAACAAAGUCUGACUCAGAGGAAGAUGAUGGGACGAAGGAUUCUGGCCUGGAGAGCUCAUCCUCGCCCCAGAACAGCUCCAGUGAGUGCAUCCCCUUUGCGGAGGAAGGCAACCUCACCAUCAAACAGAGGCCCAAAGUUGGCGGGCCACUCAAGGUGGAGAGCACUUCUGAGUCUCCAGAGAAAGCCAAACCAGCCAAAACCCCUGAAGUCCCAGAGUUCAACUUGAAAGAGUCAGACACAGUGAAGAGACGGCAGAAGCCAAAGGAGAAAGAGCAGCCAAACACAGCGUCCGACAGCAGUGCAGAUGGCACACCUGUUUUAGAGACUCAGGACACAGUGAAGCUCUGCAUUUCUGAAACAGAUAUGAGUCUGCCAUGUGUGAAUCUUCCAGCCAAACCAGUGAAAGCACCUCCACCUCUUGCCCCUAAACCUCCCAGCCCCCUGAAUCCAACACGGCACACCUCUAAACCCCAUCCUGCUCCUGUAACAGCUGUCGGCUCCAGUGUGACUCUCAGUGUUGUACAGAGUGUUGCCUUUGCAGCACCCCAGUCUCCAGUGCUGUACUCCCCCUCAGCAGAGAACACGGGUCACAGUGUGACAUCAGGAAGGCCCCAGGCUCUGGUGGAAAAUGGUCAAGGCUCAACACUGAAGCAUCAGAGGCUGGAGAAGACCAGCUCAUCCCUUGAGGAAGCACUAAAAGCUGUGGAGAGAAAACUCACUCUUGAGAACAACAAUGUGGGCACUUCUCACAUAGUGAAGUCUACAGGGAACAUUCUGGAUGACAUUGGGAACAUGUUUGAUGACCUUGCUGAUCAGUUGGAUGCUAUGCUGGAUUAAAAAUUCUCCUGGAUUUGGCCGUUUGGGGGUUGUUUUGUGCUGGCCCAGGAGGGUAGAGAUCUACCUAUAGAAGCAUGGGUUCUUCUUCCUUAUAUUUCAGAUGGAGAGCAGAGAAAAACUCUUGAACACAAAAGUGGGAACCUCCAUUUGCAAAGACCACACAGACAUUUUUGGACCAGUCUCCUGACUAAUGUCAGUCUAAGUGUCAUUUGUAGUUGUUUGUUUAUAUUCCAUUUUCUAAUCAACCAGCGUAUAUAUAUGUUUUUGUGUUUUUCAUUUUGUCCUGUCAUUUGUUGUUGUUUUUGGGGCUGAACCAUGGACUUGACUAAGUGUGACCCCAAUGGACUUUAUAUGAUGGACCCAGAUAGAAGAAAUGCAAAGGAGAAUCAUUCCUAAAGCAAUAUACAUUUCAAAACACUACACUGAUUCAAAACA